AUGGCUUCCCGCGCACUCCGCCCGGCGCUCCGCCUCGCGAACACCGCGCGCAGCUUCCACACCACCGCUGCGCUGCGACAAGAGAAGCCGCUCGUGGCGCCCGUUCGGAGGCCCGUUGGCGCCUUCAGGGGAGGACUCUUCGGCUUCCUCCUCGGCACCGCCUCCGCCGGCGCCGGCAUGUACUACUACGUGAUCGACGAGUACCGCGUGAGCAACCAGCUGCUGACCGAGGACAUCUACGCGCUGCAGAGCGCCGUGCAGCGGAUAGAAGGCUAUGUGCGCACGCUGGAGGACAAGGUCGGCGAGAAGAGGCGUUAA